AUGACAACCGUCCUCCAAGAAGAUUCCAGUCUUCAGACCAUGACGAUCAUCGCCCACCAAGAAGAUUUCAGCCAGCAGAGCAUGACGAUCAUCGCCCUCCAAGACGAUAUUAUGCAUCAGAACACGACGACAACCGCCCCCCAAGACGAACCCGACCUGCAGAGCACGAUGAUCAUCCUCGACGCGAUUACUCUCACCCCUAGCUUCCAGCUCCUCCAGACCAUCAUCCCGGCCGCCACCGAGGGAGGACCAUUACCCCUCAAGACCACCUUCCCGCCCUCCAGUCUCAAGAAGUCAAUCGUCCGCCCCAGCAUACCACCAACCUUCUUCAUCCAGCCACUACCCAUACUCACCAACGCCGACGACGACGACGACGCACCCCGAGCGAUCACCGGUGCGCCCGCCAAUGUCGCCGACAUACUCCUCCGGGGCGCCAACCUCGCGAUACGCCCCAACCCCCACCACUGCCACGAGAGCAGACACGACCAGAGGCACGAGGAGAGGCACGAUGAGCCGACGAAGCACGAACCAGAACCACCCGCCAGCAGCUCCAGCAAACCCAAACCCACCAAAUCCGAACGCUUCGCCGCCGCCGCCGUCUACGCCGACAACGCGCGCGCCAUCUUCGACGGCGCGACGGCGGCCAAAAGCUUCUGGGACGCGCAUAUCCAAGAGCACAUCAACGCGCGGAAGCAGAAGAAGAGGGAGGCGAAGGCCGCCCAGGCCGAGGAGGAGGAGGAGGCAAGAGAAGCAGAAGCAGAGAGGGCGGACAGCGUAACCAGCGCUGGGGACAGGGAUAAGGAGAAGGACCACCACGACCACGACCACGACGGCGGGAAGAGCAAGAGCGGCGGCAAGAGCGGCGGCAGGAGCACCCCCUACCCCAGCGGAUCGGAGCAUGGUGAUGAUGAUGACGAUGAGGCGGAGUACGACUCGGACCGCUACUGCCACUAUCGCGACGACGGUGAUGCUAACGACGACGACGGGAGAAAAGAUCACGAUAUCGACGGCGACAACGACACGUCCGAUGGGAGUGAGAGCGACGACGACGACUCUAACGACGACGACCACGGCAACAGCGAUGGCGACGACGAUGAUUACGAUGCUGGCCCCGCGCCUUUCGAAGUGGGCGAUCGAGUGCGGCUCCUGCAGGGAGGGAAUAAUGACGCGGUGUUCGAGGUGUGCCGCGCGGAUGCCGCGGCGGAUGUGUAUGAUGUGAGGGUGCCGGGGACGGAGCAGGUCGUGGGUAAGGGGGUGGCAGGGGAUGCGUUGAAGUUUGUUGCGUUUGCUUCGUGA